AUAUGCAGGACAGUUCGUGAUGUCUCUAAUUUGUCACAAAUUCUAUCCAAAGCCACCGACCAGUGCUCCUCCGAAAUACGAAAACCUCGCGUUUUAUAUUUCGCCGGUAUAAGUUUACAAGAGAGAGAUGAUGGUGCAGACCUCCGUCGAUCUACAGUUCUGUCUGAUUCCCCACGUUUAUUCUGCACGUACGAGCAAAAAUGCACCUUAGUUUGCCCGUCGUUCUGUCCCACGCAAGUUACCCUACGCCUGCAGUGAAUUUCUUUUUCUGUAUUCCUGACAUACAUUCUACCAAAUAUUAGUAAUAACCUUCUUAAGACAGAAUGGUUUCUUAAACUGACGUCACUUCCCGCCCUUCCUUCUGCCCUUCUACCUUUCCUUUCUCCUACCUCCCUUUCUUCUCUCGGCUCUGUAGCGUAUAUAUAUAGAGCCCUCGUCCCGCGUAGCGCCAUGUAGUUUUGCAGGCACCAUUAAGAGUAAUGUCCAGUCUCAAUAAUACGUCUAGUAGCAUGGACGAAGCAGAGAAGUACAAUGACUCUGCCAAAAAAGCCUCCGUGAGCCCACUUUCAGGCUCUGACUCACUGGAGCACGACUUUGUUGCCGACCCACACGCUAGAGACGAAGCCACCCGGAUUAUGACCAACCCCGCGAUUGUGGAGCGUUUGACCAGCUACACCGAGAGGUUGUCCCGCCACACCACGAGAGACCAGCCGAUUGUGAUUGACCCUGAAGACUUUGACUUGCAGUUGAUCCUCUCCUUGUUUGUGAAGCGUGCGUCUGCCCAGGGAAUCCAACUUCGCUCCUCCAGCGUCGCCUUCACCGAUGUGGCCGCCUACGGGAUUGACGAGUCCGUCUCUUUCGCCCCAACGGUGGGGAACAUCCUCAACCUCCCCGGCACAAUAAUCGAGCAGAUCAAGAAUCGCAGAACCCCGGAACGUAAGAUUCUCCACGAAAUGGCUGGGUUGGCCCAUAGUGGUGAGAUGGUGCUUGUUCUCGGGCGUCCGGGCGCCGGGUGUUCGUCCUUCCUCAAGACCAUUGGGGGAGAGACUGCCCAGUUCACUCACACGUCCGGUAACGUGUUGUACGACGGGAUUCCACAGGAAGACAUGUUGCGUGACUUCAAGUCCGACUUGAUCUACAACCCCGAGUUGGACAACCAUUUCCCGCACUUGACCGUCGACCAGACCUUGCGCUUCGCCAUCGCCUGUAAGACUCCAGAGCUCCGCGUCAACAAUGUGAGCCGUGAGAAGUUCAUCACUGCGAUGCGCGACCUCCUUGCGACCGUGUUCGGGUUGCGCCAUACCUACAACACCAAAGUCGGUAACGACUUAGUGCGGGGUGUGUCCGGUGGUGAGAGAAAGAGAGUGUCUAUCGCCGAGGCCCUUGCCGCCAGAGGCUCCGUCUACUGCUGGGACAAUGCCACCAGAGGGUUGGACGCUUCCACCGCGUUGGAGUUUGCCCAGGCGAUCAGAACUUCCACCAAUUUGCUCAAGUCGGUUGCGUUUGUAACCGCCUACCAGGCCGGUGAGCAGAUUUACGAGUUGUUUGACAAGACCAUGGUGUUAUACGCCGGGAGACAGGUUUAUUACGGGCCGGUGACCGAGGCCAAGAAGUACUUCGAGGACAUGGGCUUCCAGUGUCCCCCAAGACAGUCCACUGCCGAGUUCCUCACCGCCAUCACCGACCCCAUCGGGAGAUUCGCCCAGCCUGGGUACGAAAAGCGCGUGCCACACACCGCCGAGGAGUUUGAAAAGUACUGGCACGAGUCCCGCGAGUACGCCAAGUUGACCGGUGAUAUUGCCGCUCACAACGCCAAGGUCAAUGUCGACGAGACCAAGCGCGCGUUACACGCAGCGCAGAAACAAGAGAAGAUGAAGCACAACAGAGCCAAGUCUCAGUUCACCUUAACCUACUUGGCACAGUUGCGUUUGUUGACUAUCAGAGGGUUCCAGCGGAACUGGGGUGACAAGGCCUACACCAUCACCCAGGUGGCAGCUGCUAUAAUCCAAUCGUUGAUCACUGGGUCUUUGUACUGGAAGACACCUGAGGGGACUUCCGGUGCGUUUUCGCGUGGUGGUGUCCUUUUCUUUUCAUGCUUGUAUUUUUGCUUCAUGGGUAUCGCCGAAAUGGCCAACUGUUUCGCCAAGAGGCCGAUCGUCCAGAAACAGAAGUCGUACUCGUUCUAUCACCCGUCUGCCGAAGCCUUCUCCUCGGUGUUGACUGAUUUCCCCACCAAGCUUAUCACCAUCAUUUUCUUCUCCAUCAUCUACUACUUCUUGACCAACCUUGCGGUUGACGCGGCCAAGUUUUUCAUUUUCUUGUUGUUCAUCGUGGUCUCCGCCUUGACCAUGUCGUCGUUCUUCCAGAUGAUUGCUGAGUUCAACCAGAGUUUUGCCGGCGCCAACGCUGUUGCCGGUUGCAGUAUCUUAAUGACAUUAAUGUAUGCCUCGUUCAUGAUCCAGAGACCAUCGAUGCACCCGUGGUUCAAGUGGAUCUCCUACAUCAACCCAUUGUUCUACGCCUUCGAAGCCAUCAUCACCAACGAGUUCCAUGGCAGGGAAAUGGACUGUGGCUCCUCGCUUAUUCCAAGUGGUGGUCAGUAUACCAGCAUCUCGUCUGUCUACAAGUCGUGUGCUUUCAAGGGCUCUGUGGUCGGCCAGUCUUGGGUUUCCGGUGAUGCCUACAUGAAGGUCAACUUCCAAUACAGCUACUCGCACGUCUGGAGAAACUUGGGCAUUCUCAUCGGAUUCUGGAUCUUCUUUACGUCUUUGAAGAUUCUUGCAACGGAGUACAAGAGUCCAAUGAAAGGCGGUGGUGACAGAUUAAUGUUCAAGAAGGGUACGUCCAAGGACACUGUGAUGAUCAUGUCUGCAACCAAAAAGACCAGUGAUGUGGAAAAUGGUAACAAUGCUAUGUUUGACAACGCUCCGCAAAGAAUCUCCACCGGUGCCAGAAAGGUCUUUGAAGACUUGGGUGGCGAGGACGUGUUUAUGUGGCAGAAUGUUGACUACGUGAUCGACAUCAAGGGCGAAAAGCGUAAGCUUUUGGACAAUGUUCAGGGCUACGUUAAGCCAGGUACCUUGACCGCGUUGAUGGGUGAAUCCGGUGCCGGUAAAACCACUUUGUUGAACGUCUUGUCUCAGAGAGUCGACAUGGGAGUCAUCACUGGUGACAUGCUUGUGAAUGGUAAGCCGAUCGACAACUCUUUCCAGAGAAGAACCGGUUACGUGCAGCAGCAGGAUUUGCACGUGUCUGAGUCCACUGUGCGUGAGUCGCUCCGUUUCUCUGCCAAGUUGCGCCGUCCAACCUCCAUCUCUGAUGAGGAAAAGUUUGAUUAUGUCGAGAGGAUCAUUGAGAUCUUGGGUAUGACCAACUACGCCGAUGCCAUUGUCGGUGACGUUGGCUAUGGGUUGAACGUCGAGCAGAGAAAGAAGUUGUCUAUCGGUGUCGAGUUAGUUGCCAAGCCCUCUUUGUUGUUGUUUUUGGACGAGCCAACUUCUGGUUUGGAUUCGCAGUCCGCCUGGGCUAUUGUCAAGCUUAUGCGCGACUUGGCUAACGCCGGGCAGGCCAUUUUGUGUACCAUUCACCAGCCGUCGGCUACUUUAUUCGAGGAGUUUGAUCGCCUUUUACUCUUGAAGAAGGGCGGCCAAACCGUCUACUUUGGUGAUAUCGGCAAGCACUCCCAGGUCCUUUUGGACUACUUUGAGAGAAAUGGCGCCCGCCAGUGUGGGCGCUCGGAAAACCCAGCUGAGUAUAUCUUGGAGUCUAUUGGGGCCGGUGCUACCGCCUCUGUGCACGAAGAUUGGUUCCAAAAGUGGGUCUCCUCGCCAGAAUACGCCGAUACCACCGAAACCAUUUCCAAAUUGAUUCAGGAAACUUCCCAGAUUGUCUCCCAGACCCCUACCGAGCAGUUGAACAGCACCUAUGCCGCUCCUUACCUCGUGCAGUUGAAGACAGUGCUUGGUAGAACCAUGAUCCAAUUCUGGAGAUCUCCAGACUACAUCAUGUCUAAGCUUGUGUUGAUGAUUUUCCCUGGUUUGUUUAUCGGCUUCACGUUCUGGGCGCUCAAGAACACCUUGACCGGUAUGCAAAACGCCGUCUUUGUUGCGUUCUUGUCUGUCGUGACCUCCACGCCGUUGAUUAACCAGAUCCAGGAUCGUGCCUACGCCUCGAGAGAGUUGUUUGAAGUGAGAGAAAGCAAGUCUAACACCUACCACUGGUCCACAUUGUUGCUUUCGCAGUUCAUCACUGAGCUUCCAUACUGCAUAAUCGGCUCCACUUUCUUCUUCUGCUGCUUGUACUUCCCAUUGAGAAUCGACAACAGUGCGCUCUUUGCUGGUAAUUACUUCUUGAACUACUCCAUCCUCUUCCAAUUGUACUACGUGUCUUUCGGCUUGCUUGUGAUUUACAUUUCUCCUGAUUUGCCAUCUGCCAAUAUCAUCUCCGCCUUGUGUUUCACCUUCAUGAUUUCCUUCUGUGGUGUCGUGCAACCAUUUAAGUUGAUGGGCUGGUGGAAGUGGAUGUACCACGUUUCCCCAUACACCUACUUUGUUGCGAACUUUGUGAUGUUGGUGUUGCGUGACAGAAAGGUUGAGUGUUCCUCCGUCGAGAUGGCUUACUUCAACCCACCAAAUGGCCAAACCUGUCAGGAGUAUGCAGGUAACUACAUUACUGACAAUUCUGGUUACUUGAGCAAUCCUGAUGCCACCUCUGCUUGUGGCUACUGUAGCUACAAGUCUGGUGAUGAGUACUUGAAGGCUAUCAAUACCAACUUUGGACAGCUCUGGAGAAACUUUGGGUUGCUCUGGGUCUACAUUUUUUUCAACAUCUUUGCCAUGGUGCUUACCUACUGGCUCUUCCGUGUCAAGAAGUUCUCCUUCGGUAAGAAGAAGGCUUAGGCGGGAACCUUCCUGUUUCAUUAGUCUCUACGCGUUGACCAGGGGACGCGAGACAGGGUUUCUCUUGUGUUUCAUUUUUAUUCCUUAUGCC